GGCCGCUCGAGUGUUUUCUUGGCACGCGGUGCGGGGGCUCGCGUUGUCUGAGAGUCAGUCUCUUCGACAUUUUUGGCGCGAUGGCGUUUGGUAUUUCUGUGGUGUGUGGUGUGUUGUCGUUGGUAUUGCGGUGCGCUUUGUGUUUUUUGUCUCUCAGGUUUUGGCAGUUUUCUGCCUUCGUGGAUUUGUCCUCGUGUGAUGUCGGAGUUGUGUCAGCAUGCGUGCACGCUUUGACGCGGAGGAAGCCGGGCCGCGCUGGUGCUCGGCGCCUCGAAAAUUCAACGCGGACGACCGUCGCCGCGUUGCGUUUAGAUGUAAACCAAGCCGUGCAAGAAUCUCGUGCGCGCCCCGGGCCUGGACGUCUUCGCGCUGGAGGAGCAGGUGAGCAAUGUCCAUCACGAAUCGCAGCUAUUGUGCGCACAGGAUUGGCGAUCCAGAGUGGCUUUGUCACUAAAGACCAACCAGUGAUAUAUAUGGAGGCGUCAGGUGAGAAAAUGGUCGAAAUGUUAAAGUCUUGGCUAUGCAAUACCGCAGGCAUGCAUGGCGUUCACUCGUCGGCCCUUCUUGUCGUGGAUGUGCAAAGCCAUGCCUCACUGACAAAGUGGGCCAAGAGUGCAGGAAUGUGGGGCCUGAAAAUUGUCCAGAGCAGUACACCCAUCGAGCAUCAGCGCGAUUGGGCUUAUGGUUCCUUGGGGUAUUGGGUCGCGACGGUGCAUCGUGUCCGGUCCGUCUUCUGUCUUCUGCGUUCUGGAGUUAGCGUCUUCAUCGUAGAGCCCGAUGCCGUUUGGGUGCGGAAUGCUCUUUCUGAUAGGGUGUUUGGCGAUCGUUCCUAUGAGGUAGUCGGGUUUUCUGAUGGGGUCGCGGAGACUUUCGGUUUUGGUUUCUUGCGACUUCAGGCAACGAGCAAGGUCGUCAGCAUUAUGCGAGAAGUCUUGGCGAGUAGCGAGCAAGAAGUGAAAAGGCACGCGGGUCGGGCUCUGACGUCAGACGUAGUUGUAACUGGGGAGCAGCAAUUCUUCAGCGAGCAAGUUAAGCGGCGAGACCUGAACGUCAGCGCGUUCAGACUGGAUUCUUGCAAGUAUCCCAGCGUAUGCCGCCGAGGACUGUUCUCAUUCUCAUACUACGAAACUUUUUUGUAGUUUGUUACUAAGUAGAUGGCUAGCGACGGAGGGUAAGUGGUCAAUUAGCUAACUCACAGUCAGAAGUCGAAGUGGCUGAAGUCCCCGCCCUUCUCCUGCCUCACCGGUGGACGGUCUCUCCCCAAAACCAAUCUACUCGCAGGGGCCACCCUGCCCCGCCGUCUCUCCCGCAGCUUCCGAAAGUCUGACUCUGCCGCGGGUAGUCUGUCUUCUUUGGUUGUGGCCACAGCGGGGGUGGUAGAAGUGAAAGCUUACGAAACUGCCAAGAAGGGUUCCAUUUAUUAGUACACCGCACCGCCGGCGGCCGCCCUCUUGCCCGUGUGUCGGUUCGGGUUGUGCCACUGAUUGCCGAAGAACUACCCGAACAAGGGGCCGGCGCUGUCCCGCGCCCGGGCUGCUCUCCAGGGUUUCUUUGCUCGUCUGUGGCAACCUUGCCCGCGAGUUGUUGCCAGGCCCGUCGGGCUGGCAGCGUCUAGGCCGUUGGUCGGUCCAGGUGCGGAACCUGAGGCAGGCCCCAUCCCAUGGCCCUGGAAGCGGACAGCGGAGAGAAGUCUGGCGCCUGCUUCCAGUGUGUGGGUGUAGCCGUCAGCCUUUGGAGCGUUUUGGUCUUGGUCUCCAAAUCGCUUGGCCCAAGUAGGAGGCUGCAUCUUUGGAGCCUUUUUUGGGUGUGAGGCCAUGCAAGAAAGAAAGCGCUCGGCCUUGGCCGUGGUUGUUUUCUGUUGUUCUUCUCGACGCGGCGUCGAUCUCGGUGCUUCCUCGGUUGCGGUCGCUGGUCUGGCGCGGAGAACCGAACGCGCAAGACGGCAAGCCCCCGAGAGCUAGGCGGCCGGGCCGCACGGCGUGGCCGCAGUUUCUCACUUUGAUGCCCGCGCCUUGCUCGUUAUGCAGGUGUCGCCUCCGUCGGCGAUAUCGUGCGGGCAUAGAUAGCGCCUUCAAGCCGAUGCCUUUGCUGUUGAUUUCGUCGAGAGGUGAGGACCCAAGCCCCGGGCGCGGCGGGUCGAAUCCAUAAGUCAGCCCUCAGGGUGAGCCGCUGCAGCUCAGAAGAGGCGCGCGCCGCGCCAGCGCAUUCACAGCUUUGCGGCCAAUUUCGAUGGCUUGAGCGUGGUGGCUUGGUGUGUGUCGUGUGGCGACGUGGGUGAGCCGAUUGGGCUGGCUGUGCUCUGGGCUUGGCGACAUUCGGCCGCCAAGAGGGUGCUGCGGCUCCAUGCAAAUCCAGCGGAGAGAGCGGAAGCGGCAGAGGCUGAAGACAUUGGUGGGCUGGGUGUUGGUACUGCUGGGGUUUCUGCCGCGUCACCUGCCGACACUGAUGGCGGCCCUCUUCUUGUUGUGCCACAAAAGGGGCGAGCGGGGUGGGCCAUUGGAAGAGCAAGCGCAGGGAGGUGAUGCACAUGCAAGACAACCAGGGAGCAGGGCAGCACCAAGCGCGGCGCUUGGUUCUGCGUGUGUAGCUAGUGCCUGGCGGGUCGCCCCUUGGGAGCUUGCAGCGCUGCGCAUAGAAGUAGACGGCCGCCGGGUCACGUCGUUCGUGUUUUUCAAGCGCCGCCUCUUCAGUUGCAGGCCCCUGACUCUCCACGGCCCCGCACCCCGUCCCAAGCUUGUGCCAGCCCUCACUUUAGUCGUGUCCUCUUUUGUUUGGUCGGCGCCCUCUUGCAGAGUAGCUAGCCGCGCUCGCCACUGUGUGGUGACUGGGGUGCGUGGACUGAAAAAAUUUCACUGAUUUGAGAACGGGAAAGGCGUUUGGUUGCAUGCCGCGGGCGCUGGUACGAUGAUGGUGCCAAAGAGGAUCCGGCAUAUUAUCGCAAAAAGUGCAGACAGCGCGGACUGCCACUCUAUGUUUUACAGAACAAUUGGAUCGUAGGGAACGAGCGCAAGAUCCUUCGGAUGCAGCGCUGGGGCCACUGGUUUCUAAACGAGGGGCGCGACCGGUGCAAGCGUGACCAGCUAGGAAAGGUCCUCGCGACGAUAGCGCAAGGGCGUCCGGCGGAAGCUGAUGCCACCAACGCCUGAACCCUUCGGCGAAGGCUUGCCUUCUUUUCUUAUCUCAACCCGGGCGAUGGCCUGGCAAAGUCUUGCGGAGCUCAUUGUAGAGUCUUCACACAACAAGAAAACAGGAAAAGGCCGCGCGGCCCCUCGGGAUCGAGUGCGGCCUCAGGCUUGAGUGGUAAUGCAGCACCAGGAACGCACGGACUUGUGGACGAACAAGAGCGCCCGGAGGAGGGAUGGAGCAGCCGUUGGCCUUGGCUGUAGGCUUUCCCCCGCGGGCACGUCACACUUACACAAACGAAAGCACGGGCCACGCGAGGGUGGCGCGCGCGUGUAUCUAUCGACGUGGAUAGUAAGUAAGUGAGACACUGGCGCAAAAACCCCAGAAAAGUGCCCGCGAGCUCGUGGCAGGACUUAUUUCAGCGGAGGCUUGGGCGCUUCUCUGAUUCUUUGCUGGUCGUUGCUGGUCUGUUUCUGGGCACUUUGUUUGCGCUUGCUUUGCCUUUGCGCACGCCUUUGAGUUUUUCUGAGGGUGUUGCAGGCCGGGCCGUUUUUUUGCUGGCAUUUUGCAGCGACUUUUCUGGCAUUUUAUUGGGGCUUUUCGGUGGUCUCUGGCGGCGCCCGUGAAAUGUUGUGGCCUCCUUGGUCUCUCUGGGUGCUGGCGGGUAAGAUGGGCGCGCUCAGAUGGGUCAGCGAGGUCGCGCGCAGGG